UGGAGGCCGCACUUACCGCCUCGCCUACCCUGUGACCUCCCCUUAGCCUCUGCCGGCCCGGCACCUUCCCACCCCCGCAGGACGGCGAGUUCCGAGCACCCAACGCAGGCCUCCUCCUCCCCGGGCCCUCCAGCGGAAAGAAUGUCGGAAAGGGCCGAGGAUGACGUCAGAGGGGAGCAGCAGCGCAGGCAGCGGCGGCGGCAGCAGCAGCAGCAGGGAGAGAGCUCAGCUGCAGCAAUGGCGGCUGCUGGGGAUCGCAGGUCUCUGCCCAGUCCUGGAGCUAUGCUGGGGCAGCCCUGGGCUCACUGGGUCGAAGCUGCCAAACUGCAAGGAAUCGACGAACUGGAUGAAACUUUGAAGGAGUGUGAGAAAAAACGAGAAGCUAUGAGACUCUGCAGGGAAGAUAUGCCAAUAUUUGGUCUCUGCCCAGCAUACGAUGAUUUCUAUCUGGUUAUGUGCAACCACUGUAAUCAAGUCAUAAAGCCACAGGCAUUUCAAUCACAUUACGAAAGAAGACACGGUUCCUCCAGCAAGCUCCCCUUGACACCGCCAUCCUCGUCAGCAUAUUCCCACUAUCCCGCUCUAUCAAAAAACAAAACAAGCGGUAAUAGCAGCACGCGUACGUCCAGUGGAAGUAGUGCCUCGACAAACCCCAAGCUGAUGAAAUCUCCCAAAGAUAAACUGCCGAUAGGUGGAAACAGGUCAAUACAUCCUGUGCAGCUUAACAAGCCUCUCCAAGAUAAAAUAAUGACACCAUCUGUUAAAGUGGAGAAGAUGCAUUUAAAUCCAAAGAUAGAUGGCGUUUUAUUUAAAUCUGCUGCUGGUCCCACCUAUUCCUCUACUGUGAGUUCUUCAAUAAAGACUGGCCUUAAUUGUCCAUCAAUACCAAAGCCACCCUUGCCUUCCCCUGGACAGAUACCAAAUGGUAAAGGUAUUCUCUCGACGACUUCAAUUUUGGAAAAGAAGCCUGACGAUACUAAUAGCAGGAAAUUUUUACACAAGAGAUUGUCAGAUAGAGAGUUUGACCCUGAUAUACACUGUGGUGUUGUCGACACAGAAACCAAGAAGCCCUGCACUAGAUCUUUGACAUGCAAGACACAUUCCUUAAGCUACAGGCGAGCAGUGCAAGGGCGUAAAAAACGGUUUGAUGUGUUGUUAGCAGAGCACAAGAAUAAAACCAGGGAAAAGGAAAUACUUCGUAACUCUGAACAUCAGCAGCAGACGACGCCUGCGCUCAGGGAACCUAAUCCCUUACCUUCAAAAUCUUCCCAGGAACUGCACCAAAAUUCUCAUGGAAUUACUUCGCCUGAAGCAAAGCCUUCAGUAGCUAACAAGGCCAAACCUCACAACCCCAGUCUUCCAAGGCCUUCAGGGAACCCAGUGCAGCACAGUGGAAAUGCCCCAAGCGACUCUCCAUCUGUGCACGAAUCCCCCCAUCCUCUGCUGUCUGCAACUGAGCCAACCUCCAGGUUAUCUAGUGACGAGGGUGAAGGGGACGAAAAAGAAGAACCUGCUGAAAGACUGGACUGUCAUUAUUCAGACCACCAUCCUCGACCGGCAGCUUAUUGCGCCUUUGGAAGUCGACAGAUUGGAAGAGGAUAUUACGUCUUCGACAAGCGGUGGGACCACAUCAGAUGUGCACUUAACUUCAUGGUGGACAAGCAUCUGAACUCACAGAUGUGGAGGAAAAUCCCUCCAGCAUCUAGCAGUUCAUCAGCACAUGCUCCACACCGGACCAGCACAAAUUCAACGUCUGUGUCGCACAGCGUCAACAACACUGGUUUUCUCUCACCCAGCACAGUAACCUCUCCUUCUGCAUCAGCCACCUCGCCCUGUGCAUCUCUUGACAAAGUGUUGUCGUAUGGAACUACUCUAAACACUCAUCCCACAGCUUUGGGUGCAAUGGACCCAGUCAGUAGUAUGCAAUCCAGACAAGUGUCUUCUUCCCCAAGCACUCCGUCAGUGCUGUCCUCAGUACCUUCCCCUCAGUCCAACAAACCUCAGAAGUUAAAAUCCAGCAAGUCGCUGAAACCUAAGGAAUCCCCCUCCAGCAGCGUCAACUGCAACAGCAGCAGCGGAGGCUCAGGAAAGAAAUGGAAAAACAGCUCCCCAUCCCAGCUGCUAGCACACCCUUCUUCUCAUUCCACAGAGUCUUUAAGGAAAAACUGUGUGACGAACUCUGGGGCUUACCACUCUCCUUCGAUGACUUUGUCCCACAGCAGUUCGCACAAUAUUGGCCUCAAUUUUGUGAACAAUAAGUCAAACUCUGUCAGUCUUAAAAACGACCAAUCAGGGAGGGGUCCGCCCACAGGAAACCCUGCGGAGUCCAUAAAAAGAAUGAGCGUAAUGAUGAACAAUAGUGACUCGACGUUGUCACUAGGGCCAUUUGUUCAUCAGACUGGCGAGCAGACUGUCAACUCGCACAACAGUUACCCCCACUCAAACUCUUCCCUAGACAAGUUGAUAGGGAAGAAACGUAAAUGCCCAGCCGGCUCGAGCAGUAUAACCAACAACAGCAAAUCCAGUAAGGUUGCCAAAUUGCCACCUGUGAAUAAUGUUCACACGAAACACAACAGCGUAAUUCCAGGAACCCAGGCGUUGACAAAUAACUCUAUUCGCCAUCAGAUUACCAUCUUUGGGAUGGCAAAGAGUUUAACCUUUUCGCUGCUAAGACUUUUUUCACCCCAGUGCUGA